AUGUCUCGUCCCCACGUCUCUACCCCCACGGAAUAUGGCAAUGCUGCUUCAUUCUGGGUCGAAUAUCCCACCGGGCUUGUUGACUUGACGCGCCAAACACACCUACCUACGGAUGCAAAAAGCCGAGAUGACUUUCAGGUGCCUCCAAUCCAGUCGAGCACGCAGCUGGAAAUACCAGUUGACAAAGUACGUUUCGAUGAUGUCACAUCUUUUCCCUACCAUGAAUUUAUUCCGCCAUGUCGCAUUAGCUUUUUCCUGCAUCCCGAUCUAAGGGAUCACCCAACUGGAUUAGACUGUGUUCUUCCUUUGAUGAAAGCUGUUCCUGCUUUGCGAUCGCAUGGAAUCAAGAUUCUCUGGGUGAAUUGGGGGCUCACCGGACAUGAGCUCCAUACGAUUCCUCCUUCUCUCGUACGAGGCUUCAUGAAGAAUGGUAGAGGAGGGUUCGGUUCUCACCUUCCGGGUUCGUUUGGCCGUAUGCUCAUGCGAGGCGAAUUCAAUUCGGACCUUUACGGGCCUCUGCAACAUUUGUAUGAAGAAGGAAAGAAAGCUGGUACUGAUGUGUGGAUACAUAAGAAUAGGAUGAGUGGACUGUGGGGCUACCAGUCUGCCCUAGAUCUAUAUCUCAAGGAGAAUGGUAUCAACACGCUCUUCUUCGCCGGGGUGAAUGCAGACCAGUGUGUACUGGGGACGCUUGCGGACGCGUACUUUCGAGGCUAUGACUGCAUCACACUCAAAGACGGUAUCGCUACAACGUCACCAGCAGGUGGUCUCGAGAAUGUAUUAUAUAACGCAGUCAACGGCUAUGGUUUCGUGACAGACACCCAGCGGGUAGUUGAGGCUAUUGAGAAGUCACAGCAAUAG